AUGUCUCAAAUCUGGCAGACAACAGGCUCCUGUAGUGUCAUGAAUGGCCUGCCUAGAGACUAUGUUCAAGUUCAUUUCCACUGCUUCCAACAGCUGAGAGUUGCUGCCAAGCAGGUCCUUGAUACCUUGAAUGUGAACCAUGGGGAUGGACUGGUCGGAUGGCAUCGAGUACCGAUUCCUGUGAGAAGGCACUGCCGCCCUAAUCAAGGUGGUCCUACAGCACAGCACGACAGCUACACGUCUGCAUUAGCACACGAAAUCGAUGUCAUCUGUCGCGCAAUUGGCGUUCCCAGAACUGACAUGAUGUUUGGCAAGUCCACGAUCCACACAGCAGCCUAUGGUAGCAAGGGUAAGGAGCCUGACGAAUGCAUUUGGCCUCCCACACGACAGCACGUAGGAGGUAGACCUGACGGCUGGCCAACUCUGGUAAUUGAGACUGGGGUCUCGGAGUCAAUCACACAACUGCGGCAAGAUGCCUGA